AUGAGCAAUGGUGCUGAACAAACGGGAGAUGGGAAGAAAGAUAGUAAGGAAAAUGGUAAAAAGGGAACAAGCGAAGAAACAGCAGGAUCACCGGUUCCCGGAGAAUCAGAAAUAAAAGUACAGGCAGUCCAAUGCCCAGUCAUGACGGAAAUGACGCAACAAAAAACGACGAAUGUGACACUGGGCGUGGGAGCAGAAAAAGAAAUUCCAGUAGAUAAGAAAGCUGUUGAAGUGGACGAAAACAAGCCGGCGGAUGAACGAGACACUGCGGCUAAACAACAGGAUCUGACAACACGUCAAGAAUUAAUUCUCAAGAAAGAAUUAGAAGCGAUCACCGAGCAGACGAAAACUGGUGCUGAUACGCAAACAACAGGCGUUGCAGCAAAUAGUGCCUUCGACAGCAUUCCGGGCCUCACCCAGUCCCAGAUGCAUGUGCUCAAACGGGAAAUGGAAGCUAUACAGGGUAUUUCCGUGAUGUAUUUCGGUUUUAAGAAAACAAAACUUUCCAGGAUUUCCGGAAUCUUAUUGCUUUUUCAAUUACUUUCAUCCUAA